ACAAAUUGCAGUUUGGCAGCCAACAAUCCGCAUCAAAACAGGUUCACAAAAUUCAAAAAGAUACAACCAAAAACCAACCAAGAAAAAUUUACAAACAUGAAACUCUCCUGCACAUGGCUUACUUUCAAUUUGGCUCUUUUGGCCAGCAGAAAUGGCGCAGAAGCUCGCCGUCUUGGCCAGCAUGGACCGGGUAUGGAAGAUUUGAUCAGCUAUGAAUCUACCGGUGGCACUUCUGUGUCCGUUCCAAGGCAAGAUCCUGCAGCGUCUUCAUCCUCUCCUGUAAAGGGAGGUGUCUACGUGAAUAUGAACCAAAUUGAUAAUAAUCAAGUCGCUGCUUUUCGACGCAGUGGCCUUGACGGAGAUGAGCUGGAGCACGUUGGCAACUACGACACUGGCGGCGAGGGAUUCCCUUACAAGAACGAUAUCCUGUUGCCUGACAACGCCCUUGGAACCCAAGGCGCCUUGUCUGUGUCAGGGGACUAUGUGUUUGUCGUCAAUGCGGGCAGUAAUUCCUUUUCUCAGUUCAAGAUCAACACAACAGACAUGUCUCUGUCGCUCAUGGGAGUCACCCCGACUCCUCAAAAAUUCCCUUGUACUUUGGAUGCUCGGGUGGAUCUUAAUACGGUGUGUGUAGCCAUGUGUGCUGGUGAGGGUGCCAUUGCCUGUUACGAGAUUUCCGAUGAAGGCGGUCCAUUGGCAGAAGUCACCAAGGUUGGCGAGGGGAGCGUUCUCACCGAGAUCCACCGUGUGCCCAGCUUGGGAAUCCCAAUUGGACAAGUCCCCGUGGGCAAUCCAGAAGAUCCCGCCAACGAAACCAGACCCGGAAUUAAUGUCCUUGUCAAUGUGAAGCAGAUUCUCUUCACUCCCAGAGGUGAUGCCCUGUUUGUGGCCAUUUUCGACCAGGGCAUUUGGGUUUUCCCAACGGAACAAGAUGAGAGUAGCACAGGCGUUGCCUUGGGUACACCCGUGCUUCAUUCGAUUGAUUCGGGCGACCUGUCCUUCCAACACAGACCCUUUUCCUUUGCGUUCCAAGAGAAAUCUUCUGGGAGUCUUCUUCUUCAUGUCCAGGAUCCCUUUGCCACAACUGCUGGGGAGCUCUUUUUUCCACCCAACAUUGGCGUAGCGUUGUCGGCCGGUGGCACCCUUUCUACGUACCGAGUCGAAGGAUCCGGCGCCAACACGAGCUUUGUCGUAAUCAGUCCUCAGAUUGGUGCCGGACAAAAGGGCUCGUGCUGGUGCGCCUAUAACAACGGGACCGUCAUUACCACCAACACCGCCGGAGGGACGAUUACGGUAUUCCGCGAAAUGGAGAUUCUAGGUGAGGGUAUUUACGAUGUGGCAGCAGCAGCAUUGAAGGGAACCGAAAAGGAUCUUGGUGUGGUUGGCUUCAAUGGAGGCCCCUUUGCCAACUCGGGUGGAUCGCCCAUCUCGGCCAUGCCAGUCGAUGUGGCCUUUAGCCACGAUGGUGCUUACUUUUAUGUUCUCAAUGAAGCCGCCGUGGGAAUCGAUAUUUAUUCGGUGGACCCAACCGAGAACACCGUCACCAAUUCGGAGGAUCGAGCCAAGCAUGUUGGCUUCAUUGCAAUUCCUGGCGUGCCACACCCUACCAGUGACAAGACUUUGGCAGGUGACGAUGAAGAGUGGAAGCGCCAGAUUGACUAUUGGCAGGCAUGGAGCGGUGCCCUAGGCAUGCAAGGGAUGGAUACUUAUCCACGCCCACGUGCUUAAGCCGAACAUUCGGUAUACGAAGUCGAGUAGAUACAGUUAAAAAGACUGAUUCUAUGUAAAAUGAAUGCAUAAGAUUAGAAAAACCAAAGAAAGGAUACAAA